AUGGCCCUCCCUACACCUGUCGACCUCCACCCACUCUCACCCCCAGAAGUCACCUCUUCACGUCGCGGUCAGCGCACACUUCGCACAGACUCGGAAACAGCAUCCACCUCGAAGCCAUUCUCAUACUUCACGCUCAAGUCCCAGUCGGACGAGCGUAGUCUGCUCAAUAUCGUCUCGGAUGCGUCGACGUCACUUCAACCCGAGGUACGGGAGGAAGAGCCCACCUCGCCUACGAGCUCUCCAAAUCAUGGGUUACGAACGCGUUCAACAACCGCAAGGAGCUCUGUCAACCACUCUAGGCAUUUAUCUAUAUCAUCCGUAUCCCGUCCAAUAUCAGUAAUAUCCUCGAACCAUCAAGCCAUAGAGGGUCGCCAACCACCCGCACCUCAGCCAGCAUUCAACCUCUUGCUACCACCAUCUCGGACACACCUUGCGCAGCUAGCUCUCCCUGUCGACCCUGCUGCACACGCGACCGAGAUGCCGGUUGAUGCAACGCGCAAAACGAUAGAGACCAAGUGGCAUCUACUUUCGGACCAGGACAUCGUGCGCACCAUUGACGACGUCUCAACAUUAGCCGGCAGCCCGAGCGAGCAACCCCGGAACCCAGUAUAUGCCGCAUUACGCGUGAUGAGUAGCGCAUUUGAGGACUUGAGCAGGAAGUACGAAGAAGUACGCAGGAAACGGGAAGCAGAUGCUGUAAAGGGAACCGAGCUGGCCAGAAAGGCCAAGGAAAAGAUAGAGACCAUGCCAUGGGCGGAGAGGGAAGUAGCCAGCAGAGUCGUCGAGAUGUUCUUUGCGGAGGAGGAAGAGGAGAAAGGGACACCGGAAACACCGGGGGAGCUUCCUGCCUCCAUCAGCCAGGCAAUGGCAGAUGUGCUCAGCCCUCUUGCGGGGGUCGCACCCUCUGAAGAGGUUUCCGAGCGAUCGUCCAUACGAGCACGCAGUGUCACACCUUCUAUGCUCACCGUUGCGUCUGUAGACGACGUAACAUUCCCGCCCAGUGAUAGCGCGAGCGUGAAUGUCAAACUCCUAGAAGGGACGCUCAAGAACGAGAAGGAUAAAUCUUGGGGUCAGGCGAUUGGAAGCUGGAUUGUGGGAAAACCUCGCGGUAAAAAGACAUCUCAGUUGGAUUUGGAUGCUGGUUCUGCUACACCUGCAGACGACGACACAAGGUCCACUAUGUCUGGCAUCACAGGCAUUAUGCCCCCAAACUCGGCAGCAGCUAUCAGGUCGUUUAGCGGUACUCUCCGGAGCACUUCCGCCACUCGAUCCAUGUUAAAUGCUCUUGGCAUAUCCACAUCCGCUUCUUCAACACCACCGUCGCUUGUCACCCAGCCCGACAAGCCCAGGCGACCGCGAGGGCACGCACACUCUAUCUCAGGGCCCCCACUUCCUUUCUUCCAACCUCCUCUUACCUCCCCCGCAAGCGUCUCCUUCUCCCCAGCAUCUCUACCCUUUGGCCUGCCUCAGGCAGGCACCGCGGCGCCGCCUGACGACCUUACCCCGAGUGCGACACGCGAUCCGUCUAUUCACUCCUCCAUUUCCAGCACACCGCAUAAAUCAGCUAUAUCACCAACACAUCUACUUGCAAUCUUCAAUGCCACCCGCGUGAUGACCUCUGAUCCUGGCAGCAUCCUCCUCGGGCGGGGGGAGGGAGCUAGUCCCCUUGUGAAGCGCCUUGCUAUGGAUUUGGUGAGGAAUGCGCGAGAAGACGGUUUAAUCGUUAGCGUAGCGCGGACUCCCGCCAAGCAGGCCGGAACACCUGCACGACCACGACCCAGCGGGGUCGAACCACUUAGUUUGCUCGUCUCGCCUCCUCCCGCGAGCGACAAACCUGUCGCAACGAACCAUGCCACUCAUCCGGCAGAUGAGGCAGCCGCCAUCCUGAGGAAUGCCCUGGCCGCAUCGAGCAAAGGCCUGAGAGGGGCCAUGACAGGGCUGACAGCUUCUGGAAGCAAUCCUAGAACUCAGCGAGUCGUAUCAUCCACGGAAGGGCUACCCCAGAUACCACAGCUUCAGGUAGCUGUUGUUCAGCCUCCACGCCCGGGAACCGUAGAGCUAGAAAAUAUCAUCCCGGAAACUGCCAAGCCGCCCACCCUUUUCUUGGCCAAUACAAGCAAGUCCUUUAUCGCCUCGCCUUCCUUCCGGCCAUCGUUAUCGAGGGUCUCGGCGACUCGCUUUGCCCGGGUCAGCGAGGCUCUCACGGAUCGUUAUGGUUUUAUUUACGAUAUCAGCAAGCAUGAUCUGAACCUCUUGCGGAGUGCUGAGACUGCGGGCAACGCUGCGCCUGCGACGAUGACCGGGGUGAAGAUCAGGGAUGAGUCUGACGAAGAAGAUGAGAGGGAAGAGAAAUUUGAUUUCCAGGGUGGAGACGACUUGCCCUCCGUUUCGAGCAGAAUCCCGGAAGACGAAGAGGCACCUGACAUCAGCCUCGUUUCGGAGGGCCUGCCAGUGGAUGAUGACGAGAACCUGCUUUCACCUUCCCUUUCCCGCGCACCGUCACUCCGGUCGCCGUCAAAACAGCGACUUUCUAUCAGCACUCAGAACCCCUUCGGUCAAGCACACGCAAAGCCCAUGAUUGCUUCACAGGUCCUCACUGUGCCUGCGAAUAACACACUUCCGACAAACAAGGACCAAGCGCCUCAUGUCAGCACAGUGCGCCAACUGCUGGAUUCACUCAAGGAUAUUCAUGACCAACAGCAAGAGAAGCAGAAGACUGAAUGGGACGCAUUCCUGAAGAAACGAAAGGUCAAGUCCGUUAAAGGACCACCUGUGGGUCUCGGAAGCAAUGAGGGUGUCAAGGAGACUUUCGGUGCCGCUGCUAUUCUUGGGCUGGCGAAGGAGCCCACAGAUGCGGAUGAACUGCGAGGAGGAGAAGCAUUCAUCGGCAUCGCCCAGAUGGGUCUGCAAAAAGGCAACAAAGACGACUUCCGAGAGUUUGCCCGUUUGGUACGCAGAGGCGUGCCACUCGUCUAUCGCCCGAAGGUUUGGAUGGAAUGUAGCGGUGCACUGGAGAUGAUGGAGCCUGGGCUCUUCCAUGAACUGCUCAGUAGCCAUGAUGCCCAGACGAACAUCAGCUUGGAGGAGAUCGAGAAGGAUGUGAGGAGGACGAUGCCGUUGAACGUCUUCUUCGGUGGGGAUGGUGUGGGCGUGGGGAAGCUGAGAAGGGUUCUGCAGGCAUACAGCUGGCGCAAUCCCGCGGUGGGCUACUGUCAGGGCAUGAACCUCAUUACCUCUUCGCUUCUACUUGUCUAUGCCGAUGAGGAAGAAGCCUUCUGGGUUCUAGCCUCGAUCAUCGAACGUCUCCUCCCUGCCGACUUCUUCUCACCUUCUCUUCUCGUCUCGCGGUCAUGCCCGAUGGUCCUCCUAGACUAUGUGCAUGACCUGAUGCCAAAGCUGUACAAUCAUCUUGAAGAACUCGGUGUAGACCUGCCAGCGAUUGCCUUCUCUUGGUUUUUGGCUCUCUUUACAGACUGUCUUCCCGUCGAGACCCUCUUCCGCGUAUGGGAUGUCUUCUUCAUCGAAGGCAUCGACGCCCUUUUCCGGGUGGCGAUCGCCAUCGUCCAAAUGAACGAAGUGGACCUAUUGGCAUGUGACUCCCUGCCCAGCUUGUACACCCAUCUGGAGAAUAUGACCGCCCGAGCUUGGCAGGCGGACAAGUUACUUAAGAUGGAAGGUGACCUACGCGCACAGGUCACCCAUUCCGCCAUCAUCAAGAAACGUGAUGCACACGUCCGGGCGCUACAGGAGCUAAUGCAUGCCUAGCCGCUUGCCCUAAGGGUUUCAAACGCCUGCCAGCCGCGUAGAGAGAUCUGUCCUUCAACCGAUCUCAGUCUGCUUCCCGCACAGCAUCUCAUCUCGCAAGUCUGCACCCCGAGGUGAUUCCAAUCAUGUAUCGAUACAGCAUGUCCUUCAGCGUCUCAAUCCCAUCUGCGUAUCUGGUGCCGCAUUCGCUGUCCGCCACACCGCCUUCAGGCAAGACUUGAAGGUGGUCAUCGUCAUCGUUCCCUGGAUCCGUCGCUUCCUUGUCCCAGCGAUUCCCCGCUCCGGAAAGAUGAACCACAAUGGUUCAAGCGCGAUAGAUUGCUGGUAGAUUCGGGGAGGCCGGAAGUAGGCUCGUAUCAUUGCUACGCAAAUCGAUUGUACUAUCGACUAGGUCCGGGAUGAUACUAUCCUCGGUGAUCCGGAGGUAGUAGACAUGCUCUUCGCGCUCUCUUGCAAUCAGUGCCUCGUAUUGAGC